AUGGAAACAUCAGGAGCGAGCGAUGAAGAGUUCUUUGAUGCAGCAGAAACAAAAGAAGAGCUUACCACACCAAUUAAGAGAACAUCAUCUUAUGGCUCCUUAAACGUACCAUCUGCUCAGAUUGAAAUCGACAUCACUCCUUUUUACUCCCAAACGGGGGCAAAAGACAGUGAAAAUAAGUCAAACCCUACUUCUCUUUCUCAGUACUCAACAGACCAGUCAUGCCCUAAAGAUUCAGAUCAAUCAAUGCUCUUCACGUGGUCUUCAAAAAAUUUCGUCAAAAAAAAUCGAAAGGACUCAUAUGAGUUCGCUGGAUUAGAAAUUGUCCAAGAAAUCACGAUAAAUCAAGACGCAGCUUAUAGAGCUUGAGUACUUAAAAUCAGUCCUGAUGGGAAAUAUUUAGCUGCAGCAGGGGAUGAUCCAGCAAUUAAAUUAUAUGAAUUUCGAUACCAAUUUAUGAAUGAAAAUUUUAAAUUGUUUAGUGAAGAGCCAGUUAAUUUAUUAGAAGGGCAUAAUCAGCCUGUUAUUGAUUUAUCAUGGUCAAAGAGUUCUACAUUCUUAAUUUCAGCAGGAGCAGACUGUAUGGUUUAUCUAUGAAGAAUUGGCAAUAAUGCCCCAGUUCUCGAAUUUAAGCACCCACAAAUUGUAAGUAGCGUAUGCUUUCACCCAGAAAAUGCAAAUUAUUUCUUAUCGUUAUUUGCAAAUUUUUGAACUUUACCACCUAAGUGUGGAAUUUUUUCCGCGUGUGAAAAGGUGAUUUCACGUGUGGAGCCCUUUUGAUUUCACAUGUGAAAUCACCUUUUCACACGCGGAAAAAAAUUCCACACUUAGGUGGUAAAGUUCAAAAAUCUGCAAAUAACGAUAACAGGCUGCUUUGACAGAAUGGUAAGAAUCUGAAAUAUCCCCAAUUAUUCUUUAGAAUGCUAUUAUCAAGCUCCCGAUUUUAUAACAGCAGCUACAUUUAGCCCUUUAGGGCAUUUUAUUCUUCUUGGUCUUUCUCAUGGGCAGUGUAUGAUAUAUGAGACUAAUUUUCAAGAAAUGAAACUUUCAUUUCUUACCCAAAUCCAAUGCAAAAACCGAAAAGGAAGGAAAAAAGAUGGCCGAAAAAUCACGGGGUUUGAUUUUCUAGAUGACCAGCAGUUUAUUGUAACCACAAAUGACUCAAGAAUCAGGCUUUAUAGUCUUGAAGAUUUCAAUAUAAAACAAAAAUAUAAAGGAUGCAAAAACGAAAAAUUUCCUUUAAAAGCAAGUUUUUCGCAUAAUAGUAUGCAUUUGGUAUCUGGGUCAGAAAACGGGAAAAUUUGUAUUUGGAAUACUUUUUGCAACUGGGUCCCGCGGGUGAACCCUAUAUUAAGUAGGAAAAAAUCAUAUAAAAACAGCAGCUAUGAGUCCUUUACUGUUGGGGACCAUAAAAGUGCAGCCCAUGGGGUUUUUGUGCCUGAAAUUGUUAUCAAGAAAGUGCAGCAAACAUUAUUAGAUACCGGAAGUGAUUUAAUAAUCAGCCACAUCUUACUUAUAGCAAAUGAAGGGAAGCUUAAAGUCUUAUUCAAUCAAUAUAAAAAUGUUAAAUGAUAA